GCGGUUCGGGACAGUCUUUGGCCGCCGCUCGACGCGCUCGAACCUCGGAGAUACAUUUGCUAUACGUCGGUGAAACAGCAGGACCACAACAGAGCCAGCAACCUCGAUGGGCGUCAUCUACAAGAUACUGAAGCAGCAACGCAGCAUGGACCUCAGUCUGAGCUCGGCCACCAGGUGCAAGGUGCAGGCGGCCAUCAAGCAGCGCCAGCAGCAGCGCCGCCUGGAAGAUCACCUGGUGCGGGAGCAGGAGCAGGAGCAGGAUCAGGAGCAGGACCCAGACCCGGAUCACAUCGCGAAGGACAAGGAGGAGCUGGCCGAGCAGCAGCUGCAGCAGCUCUGCCGAUUCCUGGCCGAGAAUGCGGCACGAAAGAAGCGCCAACGUUUCAAGCUGCAAUCCCAGUGCGACCUGUCCGCCGAUCGGGAUCACGACCAGGACCAGGAGCCGGAGAAGGAGCACUUUCCACCGCCGCCGCACGAGAUGGACCUGGCGUUCAUCGAGCAGCUCCACCAGUCCUCGCCUGCCACAUCCUCGAGCUCCGCUGGGCCGGCACCACGUGAUAGCAUCCUGCUGAAGAUCCGCCACCAGAUCUUCGAGAGGAAGCGGCAGAGGCAGCGCCAGCUGGCGGAGCUGGUGCAGCAGCGCCUGGUGGUGUGGCGACCCUGGUAGGAGACCUCCCAGAGGACGGAGAGAGAUCCGGGAACUGAGACUAGUCUAGGGUUAGCUGUAAGGAUGCUUUCGGUAUUAUUCCUGCUGCCGUGUGAUGAUCGCGCUGCUCUUCCAUUUUCCCACGCCUCUGCAAGCCAACUUUUUUUUGCUGUUAACUAUAGUUUACUAAUAAAGAUUUUU